UCUAUAUAAAGCACCGCUCGAUGUGCUUUCUCUUGCCAUCACUACAAGUUGCUUAUUUGCUUUCACAUCUAUCAGUAUCUGUUAGAAUUGUCUUGUUUGAUCAUUUCGAUUCAGCAUGGCGGGUUCUCUAAGGCUUCUGGCUCUCCUUCUGGCUCUCUCUUUUGUGCUAUCUUCAGUAGCAGUUCCAGCAACUAGAAGCCUCAAGUCAAAUGACGAAAUCCCAUCAGAAGUCCAAGAUUUACUGCCUCAGGAUGCUGUGAUUUCGACUGAUGGAGAGAUGCUAAUUGAUGCGGGAGAGGGGUAUAUUGAAGGGAGGAUGGACUUACAAAGCACAGACUACCCGGGAACUGGAGCAAACAAUCACCAUGAUCCGAAAACCCCAGGGAGAGCUUAGAGUAACAAAUUUUAAGAUUUUAUGUUUGUGCAUGACGAUCGAGAAGAAAGGUGUGGGUGUCGUUGUUGGUGGUUAGCUUGUUUUAUGAAGGAUAUUUGUUUAUCCAGAAUAAACCCUUAAUCCCUUGCUAUGAAGGGAUCUUUAUUUGUGUAUAAUCUAUCUGUAAUUCGAAGUUGACGUGCGGUUUCAUUUUCUACAAGGGAAUGUUCUCUGUAUAAAAUAUGGUUCCUUAACUUUCCUGCUCUUUGUAAUUUAUUU